GCUUGAGCAGCUCCUCACUGCCAGGAUGAGCUUCCCAAAUCCCACCCAACAUCCAGGAGCUGGGAAUUCCUGCAGGAUCACCCUUGGACAAGCCAAUCAGGUGAUUCCCAAAGUUCCCCUCCUGAGGAUUCUGCAGGCUGCGGGCGCCCAGGGCGACACCUUCACCCUCAAGGAGGUGAUGCAUUUCCUGGGUCAGUACAUCCUGGGCCGGCAGCUCUACGACAAGAGGCAGCAGCACCUGGUGCACUGCGGGGGAGACCAGCUGGGAGAGCUGCUGGGCCUGCAGAGCUUCUCCCUGCGGGAUCCCAGCCCCGUGUACGAGAUGCUGAAGAGGAACCUCAGCCCUGCUGCACUCCCAGGUAGGUUGCUCCUGUUCCAUAAAUGUUGCUCUGUGCUGGUAAGUACCCAAAUCCAGGAAAAUCCCAAAUCCUGUGGCUGCAGGAGGAAUAAAACUUCUCUCAGAAGCUUUUCCAAGCAAAUCUCUCGGAGUUUGUGUCUUUUCUGUGUGCCAGGAGCUGUUUGAGUGAUGCCAAAAAACCCCAAAUUUGGGCCAAAGCUAAAUCCAGGAAUCCUAAAAUCCAGAUAUCCUAAAAUCCUGAAAUCCAUCCUUGACUGAAACCAAUCUUCCAUCGAUCAAAAUCAAUCUUUUAUUAAUUUCUCGAUAUUUUUUCAGCUUUAGAGCUGCAAAUUCUUGAUCUCAACUCAUUUUAUAUUUUGAUCAAUAUCAAAAAUUCUAAGUUUUCAAAGCCUGAAAAGAAAAAAACCCAACCCCUCUCUAAAUUCUCUCUAAUUUCUUUCAUAAAAGAAAUAAAUCUCUAAUUUAUUUUAAUUAUCUCUAAAUUAAAACUCCAAAUGCUAAAAAUCCUGCAAGGCUUUAAUGUUGAACCUUGCAGCUUCCCCAGCUCGUGGGGGAAAUUAAAUCCAACUCCAUCAGAAGAGGAAAAUUUAUCCUCAAAUUAAUCUGAGCUUGGGGGGUCUUCUUUAAAACCGGUUCCUGUUGUAGGACUGGGAAAAAUAAACUCCACUGGCAGAGCUGUGGAAUUUUGUGCUGCAUUUCCCAUUUUUUUCAGGAGAUAAAAAAGGAUUUUAAACCUUUAGGAGGGCUCAGGCCCGUGUGGAGAAAUUAAAAAAAUCCAAUUAAAAUUCAAAACUUGGCCCUCGAGGCUUCAGCGCUUUCUGCCUUG